GAUCCGGUGUGUGGAACAUGCCGUAAGAAAUGCCGAAAGUGCGAUAGGACGAAACCUGAAUGCAGGAGAUGUGUUUCUCAAGGCCUGGUCUGCGAGGGGUAUCCUUUGAACAUCAAGAUGUAUGGAAUGGAAGGAGGGACCCUGCGAAAGUCUCGACCUCGAGCACGACGAGAAGACGCCCCGACAACAGUCACCACUCGACAAGCAUCCAGAGCAGCACCUCAAUCGGCACCGGCACUGUUGCCAGUGCCGGAAAAAAUCGUAAUAGCUUCUCCAGAUGAAGGACCGUCGACCUCAGAAUCGUCUUGGGGCACUGAGCUGCACGUGCCUGCGGAAUAUGGCGCAGGGCUGCCGCUGUCCACAUCUAAUUUGAAGCUUAAGGAUGAUGAUGACAUUCAUGGACUGCUGUUAUAUUAUGAGAAUGUGGUAUGUCCGAAGCUUUCCGUCACCUCAGAGAGCACACCUGAUCCAUUCAAAACCUACAUUCUCCCACUGGCUCUUCAAGAUACCGGCUUACUAAAAGCCGUAUUGGGUCUCACAGCCUGUCACUUGGCUACGCAACAGCCAACACCUAAUCGCCGACUGAACACAGCUGCGUUAGAGUACCGGGUCGCUGCUCUACAGUCUUUAAGUGCACUGUUAUUGAAGGAAGAAUGCUUCGGCCUGAGCGAAGCCGAAGAAGAAACUGCUCUGGCGAUUGUUCUAAUGCUUGUACUUCAUGAUACAUUUGAAUGCGGCAGAUCGAACCAUGGAGCUCAUCUAAAUGGCGUAGCUUUUCUGUGCUUUCGUCUCGCCGAGCGCUCCGGUACGCUGAGCCCGAGCCAAAUGUUUUUGAUAUCUUCUUUGACUUGGUUUGAUCUUCUACGCGGCUUCAGCGGAGCCGAGAAACUUGCAUUCCCACAAGAAGUUCGCCGCUUUGUUGCGAAUUCUACAGACUCUACUAUCAACUCCUUGGUGGGAUGCCCAGCUGAGGUGUUCCUCGCAGUCGGCGAUACCCUUGCUCUAGGAAAGGACUAUCUAGCGCAAGAACUGAAAGAGAGCGAUUUCAAGACAUCUCUAGACAGUAUUCUGCUACAACUCCAGAAAUGGGACCCUCUCGGUGGCCAUUACCCCAACACAGAUCCUGAAUGGAUACAUCUUGCAGAAGCCUACAGGCACAUGGCAAUCCUCCGCGUUCUUCGCUUUCCAGACCCUUUCGCCACACCAUGUAGCAAUUCUCGCAUACGUGCUUCGGUCGAAGCGAUCCUCGAUGCGACAACUCAAAUAUCUCGACGCUCUGCCUACUUCAAGCGACUCCUGUUUCCGCUCUUCGUUGCCGGUGCCGAGACCGCCUCACCUCACCAGCAGCAAUACGUCGUCAUGUGCGUUGAGAAUAUUAAAGACAUGACCGGGGUCACAUAUCACAGUGUCACGGAACUGCUUGAGAAGACUUGGAAGGACCGCAGGGCAUCCGAUGGCUCACGGAAUGUACCAUGGCACGAAUACACUUGUUCCAAACAUCUUCCACGACAGCACGACUAUCUCUUCUUUUGA